AUGCUGUCGUCCAGCAUCAUACCAGAUGCCCAUACCGUGAAUGGUCGAAUGCCUGAGGUAAUCAUGGAAUCUUUGGCGACAAACAUCCGUCUCGUUACACUGAACUGCUGGUCGCUGUCAGAUAAACUCCAACAAGCCGCUCUACCCAGACUUCUGCGAUAUCUGCAUGCACCGUUUGCUGCGUUGCAGGAAACACGCAUCAAGGAUCGCACUCUUAUCAGUAUCGACAAUUACACCAUCUACUGCGGCGAUGCUGAUGAAAGGAAAGUAGGAGGCUGCGCAACAACUGUUAGGAACGAUUACGAUUACCUGGUGGAGGAGUUCGGAUCAACGUCGUCAAGAUGUGCCUUUACGUACGGUUGCGGGAUCGCAGUGGACUCGAACUCUGGAUCGUAG